AUGCCCUCCGAGGCCGCAACAGCAGCAAUCCUGGGCGGAUUCGCCGUCGCAAGCGUCUUUGCCGGCUUGCUCUUUGCCAAACUCUUAUACUACUGCAUCGAGACAAGACCAGAGAAGGCCAGACAGAGGAGAGAGCAGAAGGAUCUCGAGGCGCAGAGGGUCGCCAGACAGAGGACGGUGUGGAGCAGUCGAGCUGGAAAUUUGAACACGGUGACGGGUCACCAGAAGACUACGAGUACAUAUCAGCCUGCUACCGUUGAAGCACAGAGGCAAUCGAUAGAGGUCGCACGGGAGGCUGCUGAGAAACUUGCGAAGGAGGUCUCGGGAGAGGAUGAGGGGAAGUUUAGGAGGUGGGUAUGGAAGGUUACUGGGCGGUGA